CCCUGUGUGGGUGCUGGUGCCGGGAGCUGCCGGCCCGCAGGGGAGGGCGGGGCCGUGUGGUCGGUCUCUAUGGAGACGGUGGGCUGCCGGCCCAGCACCUGCCCCCCCACCCCCAGCUGCGGCCGGGGUCCUUCUCUCGCAGCUCCACACGGUCCAAAGAGGAGGCAGCCGCCCGGAGCCGGGACUCUCCGCCACCUCUCGGAGUUUCUAGGACCGGACGAAAAUAAUUUGCUGAGAUGUCAGCUGGGAAUUCUCCCAGGGAAAGCCUGGAAAUGGAGAGCUUCCACACAAGAUUCAGUGCCUGGACACCUUUUAGCAACAAGUCAAACCGACAGCUCUUUCAGGAAAGAGUUGCUCUUAUAAGUCAUUGGUUUGACCUCUGGACUAACAAGCAACAUCAAGAAUUCUUAUUCACGAUUUUUUUAUGAUGCACUAAAUCACAAUUAAGGGUUGUCCAAGACUAGUUUUCAGAAAGGAUGCAAGUGGCCAAAGUGGAUUUUCUACCACGCUUCAUUUCUCUAUAUAUCUUUUUCUUUCUGAAUCCAAAAGAUUUGUGUGGAGCUGCACAAGUCAGCUGGCCCUGGAAAUUUUUAACUGAACAGGAUUGCUUAUGGAUGCCCAAAUGCAUGAAGUUUGGAUGGUUUCUGCCCUAUACGCCAACAGAUAAUGAGUAUGGUGCUUGGAAGCACCAUUACAUUGCUUGUGUGUCCAACUUAGAUUGGCUAACCCCUAGGGAAGCCACAGCUCUUUAUGGGACCCUGAAUGAACCCAAAAUAGAAGAUGAGCAACUACAGGAGAGGCAAAGAGAAAAGUGCCUAAGGAAAAUAAUUUGGGAGAAAAUUGCACUACGUAAGAAGGAUUUGCUCAAAGUUCGACCCCCUUGGGUGAAUGGAACAUGCUGCUCUAGAUUGUUCAAAUCCAAAUGCCAACCACGUCUCUCCCAGACUGUGAGGGAUCGAGUGGGAUUACACGGAACUUUGGAGAAACAGCUUGUUUUGGCAUCUUUAGAAGCUUUGCCCAAGCGAAGCAAUGUUUCUGGAUGCCAUUCCUACCCUUUAUUAUCAAAGAAAAAUUGGCAUGGAGUUUAUAAAAAUGACAGCAGCUCUUCCCAUGCUCUCCAGCCACACUUCAUAUUAAUAUCAUCUCGGACUCCUGCAUAUGAGGUACAGAGUGUGUUAGGAGGCCAGUCCUUUUUUGAAUCGGGUCUUUUUUCAUCUCCCCUAGAGGACGUAUGGCAAUCUUUUGGUCACCAUGUGUAUGAAAAUGAUUCAUCUUCUAAAAGGAAAGCAGUCUGCUAUAAAAUUGGUAUUAAAAAUUUACUGAGGCCUGAAGUGAGAGACUUCUGGGAGAAAUUAGGAAGCUAUGUGGCCCCUGAAGAAGAAGGGGGUCACGUGGACCUCUUUGUACCACUCGGAGCAUCAGAGGCAGGAACAGAAGUUCUUUCUCAGCUGUCUCAACUGACUGGCACGUUAUUGACUGCCCCCAAUGGGAUUGCCACCGGCUCGUACCAACACAUUCUUAGUGACUGGCUGGGACGACAGUGGGAAAGGGCUCCCCCUUCCACCUACUUCAGCGAAUCAAAACCGCAGACAUGGUCCAGCCUCACCGACUUCCUGGAAGACACCUUGAAAUCAGUAAGGAAACAACUAAGUCCUCUCUUCAAGGAGUUGCAGAAGAACAUAAGUGGCAGGAUGACAGGGCAAUUUGUAUCUGACACCAUGAGUAUGGCUAACAUUCUGAAUAACCAAGAAAUUAUACAAGCUCUGGCAGAGGGAUUGAUAGAACUUUCAAAAGAAAAUUCUGAAAGAAAUGUUAUAGAAGAUAAUCCUCAGGACACAAAAUCAAGUCUCAGCAAAAACGGUCCAAAUUUUGAGUUGCUGGUUGAGUUGGAGAGAAAGCCGCAGCUGGACUCAGCCGAAAAGCGGACCAGCGUCAUCAGGGAACUCUUACAGAGUGAGAGAAAAUACGUGCAAAUGCUGGAAAUUGUGAGAGAUAUUUACAUAAGGCCACUUAGAGCAGCACUGUCAUCAAAUAGAGCAAUUCUGAGCGCGGCAGAUAUCCAGAUCAUUUUCUCUGAUAUUCUGCUGAUUUAAUGUCUCAGCAGGUGGUUUCUAGAUGACUUGAGAGACAGACUACAGGAAUGGGGCCCAGCUCACUGCGUGGGAGAAAUAUUCAUAAAGUUUGGAAGCCAGUUGAACAGAUACACCAAUUUCUUCAACAAUUACCCUGUUGUUCUGAAAACUAUGGAGAAGUGCAGAGAAAUGAUACCAGCAUUCCGAGCUUUCCUGAAGAGGCAUGAUAAGACCAUUGUUACAAAGAUGCUGAGCCUUCCGGAGCUGCUUUUGUACCCAUCCCGAAGGUCUGAAGAAUAUAUUCAUCUUCUCUAUGCUCUGAGGCUUCACGCUCCUGCAGAACAUGUUGACCGGGACUUGACCACUGCAAUUGAAGUAAUCAAAACAUACAAAGGUUACAUAGAUCAGAUGAAGCAGAACAUCAAUAUGAGAGAUCAGCUGUCAGACAUAAUCAUCUGUGGGUGCCCGACUCUAUCAGAAGUAAACAGAUAUCUGAUUAGGGUCCAAGAUGUAGCCCAACUUCACUGCUGUGAUGAGGAACUAAGUUUCUCUUUAAGGCUCUAUGAACAUACCUGUGAUCUCAGUCUUUUCCUCUUCAACGAUGCACUGCUUGUUUCUAGUCGGGGCACGUCUCAUACUCCGUUUGAAAGGACUUCAAAAUCAACCUACCAGUUCAUUGCAUCAGUGGCCCUUCAGAGACUACUCAUAGAAGAUAUUCCAGAUUCCAAAUAUACCAAGAAUGCAUUUAUUCUUCAAGGUCCAAAACAUGAAUGGAUUUGUUCUACAGAAGUUGAGGAUGAUAAAUUCCUGUGGUUGUCAGUACUCCAAAACGCCACUGAAAGUAGUAUGGAAAAGUGA